CUCAUUAAUUGACGUAAACGUCCCUGACGCAUGUGCAUUCGUGUCCUUUGGUGGUCUUCCAGGGUCUUCCUCACCGUGUACUCAGUCUACUUUUCGUGCACGUGCAGCUUGUUCUUUUGGUUUGGUUCCAAAACUUCUUGUCCGCACAACACUGCAAAACCAGCUUAUUCCAGUCUCAUUAAUUGACGUAAACGUCCCUGACGCAUGUGCAUUCGUGUCCUUUGGUGGUCUUCCAGGGUCUUCCUCACCGUGUACUCAGUCUACUUUUCGUGCACGUGCAGCUUGUUCUUUUGGUUUGGUUCCAAAACUUCUUGUCCGCACAACACUGCAAAACCAGCUUAUUCCAGUGACUCGGUACCAAGACCAAGUUGUUCAAAGCCCCGUCCAGCCUGGCCUUGAAGCGGCCCCCCCUGGGAGCCCCAGGGCCUCUCCCGGGCCACGCAGGUCCUCCACAGAGGGCCCUCUGGGGCCUGGGCAGCAGAUGGGUCCCCGGGGCUCCCCAGCUGCCUGGCGAACUGGAGGGCUCCCGCGGGGGGAGCAAGCGGGACUCGAUGCGGGCCCCUCCGGCAGUCGGGGGUCGGGCCUGGCUGCCGGCGGGGCCAGCGAGCCGUUCCCCUGGCGAGAGGUGAGGCUCCCCAAGGACGUGGUCCCGCUGCAUUACCACCUCCUCAUCCAUCCCAACCUCACCACCCUGACCUUCUCCGGCACGGCCGCCAUCGAGGUUACGGUCAGGCAGCGGACCAGCGCGGUGGUCCUGCACAGCAAGCGCCUGCGUAUCGCCAGGGCCGCCAUCGAGCCUGGCCACGGCCACCCGCUGCUGGAAACGCAGGUGGUGGAGCACCAGGCCUUGGAGCAGGUGGCACUCCUCACCCCCGAGCCCCUGCAGGCCGGGCACAACUACACGCUCCACAUCCAGUACCUGGCAAAUCUCUCCGAGUCCUUCCAUGGCUUUUAUAAAAGCACCUACAGGACCCGGGAAGGAGAACUCAGAGUGCUUGCAGCAACACAGUUUGAGCCAACAGCAGCGCGAAUGGCCUUCCCGUGUUUUGAUGAACCAGCCUUCAAAGCCAGGUUUUCAAUUAAGAUCAGGAGGGAACCGAAGCACCACGCACUGUCCAAUAUGCCAAUUGUGAAGUCUGUGACUAUAAAUCCCCAGCUCAUCGAGGACCAUUUUGAUACCACUGUCAAGAUGAGUACGUACCUUGUGGCCUUUAUCGUUUCGGAUUUUAAAUCCAUCAGCAAAAUAACCAGUCAUGGAGUUCAGAUUUCUGUGUAUACAGCGCCAGACAAGAUCGACCAAGCUGAGUAUGCGUUGGAUGCAGCAGUGAAACUUUUAGACUUCUAUGAGGAUUACUUCAGCAUUCCAUAUCCUUUACCUAAACAAGAUUUAGCAGCUCUUCCUGAUUUUCAGUCUGGUGCUAUGGAAAACUGGGGACUGACCACAUACCGGGAAUCUGCAUUAUUGUAUGACCCUGAAAAGUCCUCGGCGUCUUCUAAGCUUUGGAUUACUAUGGUAAUAGCGCAUGAGCUGGCUCAUCAGUGGUUUGGCAACCUUGUUACCAUGGAGUGGUGGAAUGACCUGUGGUUAAAUGAAGGAUUUGCAAAGUUUAUGGAGUUCGUGUCAGUCAGCGUUACCCAUCCAGAACUGAGAGUUGAAGACUAUUUCUUACGGAGAUGUUUUGAUGCCAUGGCAGUGGAUGCAUUGAAUUCCUCACAUCCUAUAUCUACUCCUGUGGAAGAUCCAGCUCAAAUUUUAGAAAUGUUUGAUGAAGUUUCUUAUGAGAAGGGAUCUUGUAUAUUGAAUAUGCUGAGGGACUAUCUGACUGCUGAUGUGUUUAAAGCUGGACUUGUCCAGUACCUGCAGAAAUACAGCUACCAGAAUACAAAAAAUGAAGAUUUGUGGAACAGUAUGACAAAUAUUUGCCCUACAGUAGGUAAUGAUAAAAAUGAACUACAAGGUGAUGGUUUUUGCAGAAGCAGCCAACAGUCAUCUUCAAAUGCACACUGGACUAAAGGAGAGAUUCUUGAUGUGAAGGCAAUGAUGGACACCUGGACACUGCAAACAGGUUUUCCACUGGUGACUGUCACAGUGAGAGGGAAGAAUGUCCACCUGCAGCAGGAGCGCUACCUGAAGGGAGCAGAUGCUCCCUCAUCCACAGGGUACUUGUGGCAAAUCCCACUAACCUACACUACCAGUAAAUCUGACACUGUUCAGAGAUUUCUGAUGACAACUAAAGCAGAUGUCAUUAUCCUUCCGGAAGAGGUGGAGUGGAUUAAAUUCAACGUGGACAUGAAUGGGUAUUACAUUGUGCAUUAUGAAGAUGAUGGAUGGGAUCGUCUGAUUAACCUUUUGAGAGAGAAUCACACAGCAGUUAGCAGCAAUGACAGAGCAAGUCUCAUCAACAACGUAUUCCAGCUCGUGAGCAUAAACAAAUUGUCGAUUUCCAAAGCUUUUGAUUUAACUUUGUACCUGAAACAUGAAAGGCAAAUCAUGCCUGUACUCCGAGGUAUGAGUGAGCUGAUUCCUAUAUACAGGCUCAUGGAGAGGAGGGAUAUGAAUGGUACAGAAAAACAGUUGAAGGAAUAUAUUAUCAGUCUUUUUAAAGACCUGAUUGACGCCCAGUCUUGGAGUGAUGAAGGCUCAGUGUCUGAGAGGUAUCUCAGGGACUCACUCCUGCUGUUCGCCUGCAUGCACCGGUACCAGCCCUGUGUGGACAAAGCCACAGGAUAUUUUGCAGAAUGGCAGAAAUCCAACGGCACCUUGAGCUUGCCAACAGACGUGAGGACAGCAGUGUAUACUAUUGGGGCACAAACAUCCGAAGGCUGGGAUUUCCUCCUCAGUAAAUACAGGCUGCCCUCCUUCAGUGUCGAGAGACACAACAUUGAGUUUGCUCUCAGCCUCACCACAAGUAAGGACAAGCUGCAGUGGUUAAUGGAUCAAGGUCUGCGUGGUGACAUCAUAAGAACUCAGGAUCUUCCAUUUAUUAUUGUAUUUAUUUCCAAAAACCCAUCUGGCUACCAUCUAGCUUGGACGUUUUUAAAAGAAAAUUGGGAGAAGUUUGUAGAAAAAUUUGAACUCGGUUCGAAUUCCAUAGCAACCAUUGUCACUGGAGUCACAAGUCGGUACUCCACAAGGUCACAGCUUGCACAGGUGAAAGAAUUCUUCAGUUCUCUGGACGAACAAAGCGCACGGCUUCGCUGUGUCCAGCAAGCUAUUGAAACCAUUGAGGACAAUAUACAGUGGAUGGAUAGAAAUUUGGAGAAAGUCAAAACAUGGUUGCAAAACAACCAUCUGUAAAUUAAGACACCUUGCUUAUUUUUGUCAGCCAUGAAAAGCUGUGAAAAAGGAGGGCUGGAGGGACAUCUGAGUUGUAUAAAUUCGUUUGUUUGGGAGGCGCUGUAAGGCAGCCAAACACUGCUGCUGCUUAGGAUUUGUCCAUCUCGUGGCUGUGGUUUGCUGGGAACAGACCUGGACCAUUCACUGAUCCCCUCACCAGGAGACACUUCUGAGAAAAAAAGGGAUGUCACAGUGUGAACUAAGGUGUAUUGGGAGGAGUGCCGGGGGGGGGGUGACUACUAGAAAUGUGAAAUGCUUCACUUCUGAAAAAGCAGAAGGUACUGGGAGAUGAACAACCUGGAGAAACUUUUUCACUUGCAUGAGCUGACCCUUCAAAGGUGCAACGUGCAGCACCAUUCAAUGCUGAACUGCACCAACACUCCGGAGCGAAGCCAUCACCGCACGUGUCUUUAUCCUUGGGAUUUACAUUUCCAGGAGAGUGACUUUUACCAACACGUACCUCAGAUCAAGCAUCUCCUAAUUAAAAAAAAAAGCCAAGUACUGACUGUGAUUAAAAUUGCAUCUGUCAAAGUAAAAUCAGCAAGUGGGGACAACGCCAAGGUCCCUGUAACCCUACCCUCUCCCCCCAGCUCUGCCCAACUCCUGAUGAUGAUGAUGGGGAUACUUUGCCUGCACUGAAAAUAUUCUUGCGCUUUUAAGUAACUUUCAGGAAAUAAGUACAUACAUUUUGUGUGGAAAAAAAAAAAAAAAGUUGAUGAAUUAUGCUUAAGAUGGUUAACCAUCAGCCUGUUUUAACAGAAAUUUUUUUGCCUUUCAUCAUCCCUUUUUAACUUAAUUGAAAUGCAGCUGUUGUCACCUGUACUCAUCAACAUUUAAAAGGACGGACAGGCAUUAUGGUCUUUAUACCUUACUUGUAGGGUAAUGGUAAGAAUUGUAAGCUAAUGGCUCUAAAGAGAGAAAUUAUUAAUAAUGUGCUCAGAAGGGACAGUUACUCAAGAAAGUGAAGCUGAAAUCUUGGAGGUGGGUGGUUUUUUUGGUGGAGGGUUGUUUUUUUAACAGUCAGUUGUGAAUGGCCUUCUCUGUUUACCUGCAGAACACUUCUAUUUCUAUACUAAACUUAAAAAAAGCAAUCAUAUCCAGGUGAUUACCACAUGUCCUUAAAUGCAUUUGAUUUCUUUGCUCUUACAACCAUGCCUGUGCCAUGCUGUGAUAAUUCAGUGUUUAUUUCCUCUGAUCUGUCUCAGCUUCCUCACCAAUAUGCUGAAGCAACCAGAAACUUCUAACGAAGACUUGGGGGGAAGCCCUUAUAAUCUAGAACUAAUCGUAAGCUUUUUACUUGCUUGCUCUUCUCUCAGCUAGAAAUUAUGCCUGCCCGAGCAGUUGACACCUGUGUUGUCAGAGUUCAGAAAGGUGCUGGGUUCUGCUAUUGAGGGCGAAAAGCUCUGUCACAAUCUUGUAGAAAAUACCUGUUUCCUUUCACUCACUGCGUCUUGCACCUCUGAACUCCUUAAAGGAAAGAGGGAUUCUAAGUAGGCAUCGUGCGUGCAUUUUCUGGUAUUUUGGGUGUUGUUGACUGUUGCUUGCUUUAAAAUGUUUUCAAGGCUGAAACAAAAAAUAAAAUUUGUUUACGUGACUCGAA